AUUGACUGCUGGCCUGAGACUUAAUGUUAAUUGCCCUCAGGGACCACUCUCUUAAUUUUCUUAAUGUGAUUCUAAUUACACCAGUUUUCGAAUUACUUUAAUCAUUUUUUUCUGAAGAUAUCGGUGCAAAGAACCAUAACAACCACAAUAUAUUAAAUUACCAUCCUCCAUAAACGUCUUUUGGGAAAAACGUGAAAAUUAUUUUUAAAAGCUGUGCUCCUCAAAACGUUUAUAUAUUGAAAAACAGAGUUAAUAAAAAGUAUAUCUAAAAAACAACAUUGGUAAACUUGAAAAGGUGGCCGUAGUGAAAGAAAAAACUUGUUAAAAUGUUUCGCUUGGCUAUUUUCGCUGCAAUGUUAACGGUGGUGUUAUCUACAACGUAUUUGGGGCCCAAGACUUUGAUAUCGAAAAAUUACCCCAAUUAUCGCAUUGGCGAGAAAAAUGGAAAUCAUGUGUACAUCGUCAAUUCUGGCAACCCUGGAUAUAGGAUAGUGCAAGGUUUGAAUGGCAAGCCGGGAACUGUUAGUUUCCAAUCAUUGUCCGAUCCUAGUGCUUAUUUACGACAUCGUGGAUUUCUUGCAUACGUGGACAAGAAUGAUAAUACUCAACUCUUCAAAGACGAUGCUUCAUUUGUUAUUAUCAUGAACAAAUACUUUAAUGGAUACGCAGCGUUUCAAUCUUCCAACUAUCCAAAUAGAUACUUACGUCAUCAAGGAUAUCGUAUCAAGCUUCAUACUGAUGACGGGUCAGUUCUUUUCAAGAACGACGCAAGUUUCAAAAUAGAAACAAUGGCUGUGGCUACCACGCAUUUGGGGCCUAAAACAUUGACAUCAAAGAAUUAUCCAAAUUAUCGCAUCGGCGAGAAGAAUGGAAAUCAUGUGUACAUCAUUAAUUCUGGAAAUCCUGGCUAUAAGAUAGUACAAGGUUUGAAUGGCAAGCCGGGAACUGUUAGUUUCCAAUCAUUGUCCGAUCCUAGUGCCUAUUUACGACAUCGUGGAUUUCUUGCAUACGUGGACAAGAAUGAUAAUUCUCAACUCUUCAAAGACGAUGCUUCAUUUGUUAUUAUCAUGAACAAAUACUUUAAUGGGUACGCAGCGUUUCAAUCUUCCAACUAUCCAAGUAGAUACUUACGUCAUCAAGGAUAUCGUAUAAAACUUCAUGAAGAUGAUGGUUCACUUCUUUUCAAGAACGAUGCCAGUUUUAAAAUAUCCAAAAUGCGUGUUGCUAUAAAGUACGAAGCAAAGGCGAUAAUACCAUACAAGUAUCCCGCCUUUGGCGUUGGAGUUUUUGGUGACUGGGGUCGCGUUUACGCCUUAAGAGGACAUAACCAUGGCUUUCGUAUUGUCAAAGGAAUCAACAGAAAACCUGGCACAAUAUCUUUCCAGUCUUUAACAGCCCCUUCUUCAUACUUACAACACAAAGGAAGUUCUGUGUAUGUGCGCCAAAGAUCUCGAAGUCGAUACUACGUCAACAGUGCGUCGUUUUACCUCAUCAAAGACAAAUUCUUCAAAGGUUUUGCAGUUUUCGAAUCAAGUACGCGCCCCGGUUAUUAUCUUCAACUUCGUGGUCGUCGCAUGAUGUUUCGUAAAUAUAACGGAAGUCGCGGUGCUAGGGAGCAAUCCAGCUUUCGUUUCUCUACUAGUUUUAAUUAAACUCUGAUGGUUUGAUACGCAAGUUUUUUAUUACGGAAUUUUGUGGCGUGGUUUGGUAAUGAAACCUUACCAAUUUAGAUUGUAAAUUUGUUUUUGUAGUUUCUUUCAAUAUAAAUGGCAAAUACAGUGUUCAUUUUCGAUAUGAAAUAAAUUGGAAUUGAGAUUA